AUGAAUCGGUUCGGAAAUCGGGAUGGGAUGGAUGUUGGCAGGGUGCUGUCUAAGACUGUCCCAAGAAAAAACAGUCAGACUAUUGUUCUGGACCGCAGGCAUGAACACGGUGAAAUCUUUCUGGUUAGUGCGGAAAUCUCGAUGCUAGCCAACCUCGACUCUCUCGAAUCAUCUACCUCGGCUAAAUGCGUAACGCACAGGUUGGGCUGGGGCUCAGUGUGCGUCGCCGGUGCCGGCGCAUACUACUUGGCCAAGCGAGAAAUCACUGCCGACAAACAGGCCAAACUUGAGGCCGCCCGAAGAAAAAGGCAAGCCAUCCGAACGAUGGAAUGUGCAGACGAAGUCGAGUCCGGCUCCUCUUGGACGGCGGAUGCCAAAGUACCGACAACGGAUACAGCCGGCCUGCCAAGCCAGGAGGCGAGCUUCGAUCCCGCCGCAACAAGUCAUGCGGCGGCGACGGAGCCGCAGCAGAUAAACGAAAGGAGCAAAUACGAGAGCCAAAAGGUGUACAGGAGUCCAAAGGGGGAUCGCUUUUCAUGA